CUUGUAUGUAGCUCAGCCAAAAGCCGAUCAGCAGACCAUUCAGCUUUGAGUGUUUUAUGGUCCCGAAGUGGCAGCUCCAGUCCUAACAACUAACUAACAAGAACAACAACAUCGGCUUAGGGCAGCAGGAAGUAUCAGCACGAGCCAAGGAAACAAAGCAAUCUAUAAAGAUGGCCGGAGGUGGCAGGACAGCCGGCAAAUACGGUUAUUCGGACAACAAUUAUUACAGUGGUCACUCUUACAAGAGCAUCAACGAUGAGAUUAUACUGGUCAGCAUUAUAAUGGGGAUUACCAUACUGGUGCUCAUCACCAUCGCCCUGUGCUACAUUGCGUAUGAGAAGUGCCAGAAGAAGAGAGAGUAUUAUAUCAACGCCUAAGGGAUUUUCGCCGGAAACGAAGGAUGGGGCUUCCUUUCUUCUACUUUUUUCCUGUAUUUGUUUUUCUUUGCAGUGGGGCUGCAGUGCAAGGCUAAAUGUCAACACGGUCUGCGCGACAAUGUUGACGUUGACGAUUUAGUUGGCCAACAAAAAUAACCCAGAAUGGUUGCAACCAACCAAGUGCCUCCUAUUUUUCCACCCCAUACCCAUACCCACAACCAAAUCCCCCAGACACGUACACAAAUCGGAAAGGAAGGCAGAAGAAGGAAUUUUUGUGCUAUUUAAACGUUCCGCUAGCUCUGUUGGUUUUGCCACAGUUGCAGUUUCUCAAGUGUCAGGAAAUGUGGCUCUAUUGUUUGGCCACACUGUGCACAGUGGGUUCCACUUGGCCCUUGACAUUUGUCCAGCCAAUUAGGCGUAUUCGUAUUUUGCCAUUUUCUAUAGGAGAGAACGUUAAGAGAAAAUAAGCAACACAAAAGGAAAGCGGUAUGUCCGUUGAAAUAACACAUUUAAGAAUUUGUACACUAUUUUUUGACUGCCGCUCAGACAAAGGAAAAUAGAAGACUUUUUGAGAGUUUCAUAAAUUGAAGUUUUUAUGCCGCACCCGGGCAUUUCAAUUUAAAAUGCAAUCCACUCGAAUUCCACCAUGCAAGCAACCUUUUGUUUGUCAAACCGAGGAGGAAUAAUAAAAAAGAGCCAACCGAAACCUCACACCACAAGAUAAAGGCAGCGAACGAAAUAUAAGCGAUACUUUUGCAAGUGCGCUGUGUCGAUAUUGUUGCCCUCAAACUGAAUUCUGGAAACAUUGUGCAUAAGUACAGAGAGGAAAAAAAUCUAGUAGAAACUAUAAUUUUAAUAAGUCUUUAAUGAAUGUCAUUCAACAGACAUCUGCAACAUUUGAUCUUUAUUUAUUUGAUUUAAGAUCAACUUGAAUAAAUUAAAAAAAAAACGAAACGACACAAGAUAAAAACUUCAUUGACAAAAAAUAAUCCACAAAUAAUAUAUAUAUUUUAUAUAGUAAUAUUGCAGGCAAAAGCAGUAAUCAAUUUUAGUUAAAUUUAAAAGUAAAAACAAUAACAGGAUUUGCAGAUACUUAAACAUGUAACAAAUAAAUUGAGAAAAAACAUUUUCAACAUUUAAAACUUUUAAGUUAUACCCCGAUAAAACAUAUAAAUGUAAUUUU